AUGUCUAGCGAUUUCGCUAUCUAUAUUCGAGACAAGCUUUUCGACAGCAAAACAUCUGUCGACCAUAAAAUCUUACAUAGUGUAAACAAGAAAGGUGAAUUUGUUCUAAAGUUCUGUUUCUGGGAAUAUGACAAGAACCAUAAAACAUUAAGCAGAGCAGUCUUAAAAUUUGUCAAUGACAGACUUGUUGACAGAGAUGACGCCUCUUGGAGAGAUGAAGUCCAACAAAACUUCUUAGAAUGCAAAGAAGACACAUGCGCUGUUCUUGAAGAUGAAAUAGAAAACAGAAUAG